AUGACAUCGACAUUCGCUGCGCAGCUGCGCAACAUCGCCGCAAACUCGACCAACGAACUCGACCUUCGAGCCCGACGAGAUGCCCACGCCGAGUCCCUGAUAUUUGAACGGAACGUCGCCAUCAAACAAGACUGGGAGACAAUCUUCCAAAUAUGCCUCGAGGGCUUCCGAGAGACGUGUCUGCUAGACUCGAGGUUGCGCGAGUUCGAACAAAAUCUGUACAGUCCCCUGGCCAAGGACCAAGAUCGAGAACAUAUGAGCAAGCCGCAAAAUGAAGCACUAGAUGUGGUCCUUGAGCGAUGUCUAGGGCUUUUGGGGUCGAAAGUAAUGCUGCGUCCGGGCAUCAAAGCAGUCGAAUGGCUUAUAAGAAGAUUCCGAGUGCAUGUCUACAACACAAACGCCUUGCUCGCAACGUUCCUACCAUACCACGAGACGACUGUGUUUAGGAAUGUCCUAAGCAUAGUUCCCGCCAACAGGAUUGCUAGCGAAUGGAAAUUCUUGGGCCCUUAUCACAAAGACGCAGUCAACGUUCCCCGGCACAGCAUAGUCUAUAGCGCCACACACAACGAUGCCUUUUCCUCGUACUUCAACAACCAUACCCUUCGUGUCUGCCAGGAAGGCGCAGCUUAUCCUCAGCUCCUGCGCUUCUGGAGCAGCGUCGUUCUCGAGGCAAUCACAGGGAGACUGAACCAACUCAAGAGUGGGAGAAAAGAGGUACAAAAGCAACGAACUGAAGACGUGCUGCUAAAGAUCUUGCCAUUGCUGAAUGAGGGACUUGAGCUGAGGGGCUGUCCAGAAUUGACCCUUGCUUGCUUCACGAUCUCGCUUGUUCUGGCUGCUAACGCGGACCUCGAGGAUCAUGUGAUUGAUGCCUUGAUGAAAGCCAUUGCACCUUUUAUCGCAAACGACGAGGCUGAUUCAAAAUCUGCUCUGGCAUGUCUGGCGAUGCUUGUUACGAAGAAGCUUGACAGCAGAGUGCCGAAGGAUGUUCUCGAGGUUUUCUUGCGAGCCAAAGACCUCACGGCGUCCUUGUUGGAUCUGCAUAAAGAGGUGUCGGUGGCGUCACUGUGUGCGGCGCUUGUCACGUCAGCACUCUCGGGAGUAAAGCAGAAGAACCUUCAUGUAAGGUUUCAAUUUGUCGAAACAAUAUUUGAUCUGGCUGGAAGGGUUUUUCCGCCACCGAUAAAAAGCCAGCUGGUUGCUAUUCUACUUCGAAAGCUGCCACAUACCGACGCCUCACUUCCGGUCGACUCACCUCUUCAGACUCAUCUCACUCGACUUUUAAAAGCCCUGAACGACUCUCCAGAUUUCUCACCGGCAUUCUCCCAGGCCUCGACACUAGCAGGCCUCUCUCAGUCGUUGGUCGAGCACUUGUUAGAGAGUACCAUUGAAUCUCCGCAGCCAUCCGGCCUGAUUGAGUCGGCCCCCAGUGACUUUGACGAUCGUGGAGCCGAUUCAACACCCACCGAGGACACAGUAAAGGCAAUGAUAGCAUCUUUCCCUGCUCAAACCGCGGAGCUGUCCUGUCUUGCACACGGGCCUUCACCACUUUUUGACCAGCUUGCCCGAGCGUUCACCCACUGUUGCCGAAAUGAGCGGUCUUUGACCGAGUUCGAAGAGCUUCCCUUAUGGAGACAAAAGCCGAAAGCAGCUUCAAUUUUCUACAUUAGUUUUCUGCUGAGAAUAUCCCUAGGGCCCUUCUCAACCAUGGAGCGGUGUGUUGCCAUCCAAGGUCUCUCGAAGUCACUCAACCAAGGAUUCCCACUUGACACGCAGUUACUCAUCCCUUACAUCACCGUCCUCCUUUCCGACUCCGCUCAACCUGUCAGAAGGGCUGCUGCGGCCUGUGUUUUAGUUAUACAGAAAUCCAUCUCCCAGAAUCUGCAACAAGAGCAAGAGCAACAUCAAAGUGGAACCACAACUUACGACGCGCUUACCAUGACCAAUGUCAAGCGAAUAUCUCUAGCGCAAGCGGACAAGCUUCUGAACCAGCUGUAUCUCCCUCACUUGGAGGAGUACAUCCUAGAUCCAUCCGAGAUGCGCAAAGUAUUGACGGCGGCUUUGGAUGGUCAUGAUCAUGCCACACCGUCAAAGACAUCUGAUACCGAGCUGAAGAAGACUUCGAAGCAAGCUUUGUUUGACCUUCUGACUGGUUGCGCACUAGCCUGCCCUCUUUUGAGGAUCAAAAUGGGCAUCACGCAGCUGCUUAUGGGAGUACAUAAGGUUGGUGCUGCAGCGACGAGUAAGACUCUUGCGCCUGUUCUUGACAGAUGGGCCUCGCUGUCACCGGCUGAUGCGGAGGCUGCGGCAUCCGCGGAAGGUCUGGCCGUGCCACAAAUUGAUGCCCUUGCUAUCCAACUGAUCGCUCCACAAGACAAGGAAGCUGUUGAGCACAUUCUGGACAUGCUCGCCGAGGGAAAGUUCCAGCCACGUCCUUCUUUAGCGACAAUUUUCUUCGAUCAUAUCGCUGCCAUUUGGGAUAUCCUGCGCCGCGAGUCUCAGAAUGCUGUAGUUGUACGUCUUUUCGAGAUGUCCUUCUCAGAAAAUGCGACCUAUGCAGCCGGUAGCCGCCAUGUUUUGCAUACUGUUGCGCUCACCACUGAAAACCUGGCUGCUAUCCUCGAUCAAUCUUUAUCCGGUCUUGCUCAAAUACCGACAGACGUCCCUCCCAAGAAGCGGCGGCGGCUGAGUCAUGGCCGCGAGAGCAUCCCAAAGGAACUAGCCGGGGAGCGGAAUUCCAGCGGAGCAAGAAUGACCUUGGCAAUUGAGCUGGUGGAGGACUCUCAACCCGAAAACCAUCCUCAACUGCUUGGCGGCUUGUUCGAAGUCUUGAUAGGCUUGAAUCGCCUGAGGGACAAGACUGCGUCCGAGUCGCCGUAUUUGCUCUGCCUCUGCCUCAGCAACAUACUGGCCAUCGUUGACAAGGCCCGGCAAGCUCGCAAGCCAAAUAUUGACAUGACAAGCAUUCGUGCCGACCUGGUGACUGAGUGCGUGCGAUCAUCGGACAAUGUGCAAGUGCAAAGCACGGCGCUCCUCCUCUCCGCUUCUCUGGCAGCGCUUGCUCCGGAUCGGAUAUUGCACACAAUCAUGCCAAUCUUCACUUUCAAGGGCAGAAGCAUUUUGUCGAAAGACGACGAACGGUCCAUCUACGUCACCAAUCGUGCCAUUGACGAGAUCAUUCCUCCUUUGGUGGCGAGCUUGAAAAAGCAAGAUGCUAAGCACCUCAUCCACUCCACCUCAAAUCUCCUAUCGAGCUUCGUCACGGCUUACGAACAUGUUCCUCAGCACAGGAGAGUAUCGUUCUACCAGCGGCUAUUGAGCAGGCUCGGUGCUGAUGAUUUCUCAUUCGCGGUCAUCGCACUGCUUACUUCCAGGAGAAAUACUGAAGACAUGUGGACAUUCCUCACAAGACUAACAGCGGAGUUUCCGGCUUCCACUCAAGUUCUGACCUUUCGAAAGAUCUUGGACUUGACUCUCGACACCUUCAGCGAGAAGCCGCACGACGCUGAAACCCUCCUAGAUAUCACAAGGGUCACACCAAUUGACAAGAGAGAGGCAGUAGCCUCGGACCUGCUCCAAGUGGCCGCUCGACUGCUGGCUCCAAAGGCACUCAAGACACGAAUUGCUCGACUCACCAAGCCUGACCGACCUGAUGAGACUCCCUUCUGGACCGAGUUCAAACUUUGCAUCUCCCGUCUCCUCAACAUGCUUAAGUCUCAGAAGACGCAGCACAAGAGUCUGGCACCGCCGACGAAGAAAUGUCUCAGCGCCUUGCUCGAGUUACCUUCUCUUGCAGACUUACUUGAUAUUAUGCCAACUCUUCUCGAUGAGCUUGAGCAAACUGAGCACGCGGAUCUGAAGCCCUUGGCGCUCCGUGUGUUAGCUUCGCAACUACAUCAACCUGGCCCCGCGUCCAAGGACAAAAAGAGCCAGUCCAGCGCGAUCUCGGUCCUCCCUACUCUCGGGGUCAUUGUCAAGAGCACGGACGACGAGAACCUGCGACACGCAGCAAUCGAAUGCCUCGACCGCAUCCUUGAGCUGUAUGGCCGAAAGCACCCGGACGCGGUUGUCUCGGCCUCUUCUACACUCACAGAUGACGGCGGUCAAGGCCUCGAAUCGAAAGAUGAGAGGACACAAAUCAUGUCGCUGCUCUGUUUGACGACUGCAACGGAAGUACUCAAAGAAGCAUCUGUGCCGAUCGUAUUGGUAGCGAUACCGAAGGUUUUCCGACUAUUGUAUUCAAGCUUGGAGGAUCUGAAGGGACCGAAAGGCCCCAAGGAUGGAAAGGUGGAGCUUCACAAUACCUGCUACAUGCUUCUUUCUUCCUUCGUCAUGCAUGUCCCCUUCAUAAUAUCCGACGAAAACUUGGUGGAAAUCUUUGAGUCGUCCUGCAAAUCUUGCAUAGGAAUUACCCUGGAGCCACGGACUUCUUGGGAAGAAUCCCGUAUUGACCUGUUGAAUCUUGUCGCCGACAAGGUCGAGCUGGCUUCACUCGUUGCCAGUUUGCGCCAGGCCUGGCAGGCAAGUGUGGUCAACGCAGAUGCCAUCGGUGAGUGGUUGGAUAUGUUGUCACGAGCCAUCAAGCGAAAUUCCAAGUCUACAGUGAGCAGGGCUGUAGAAGAUCUGUCGAACUUUAUUCUACAGGUAAUGGAUCUUCGACGAGUCAACAGGGUCAACGCCCUCGUGAACGCGGGCAAUGCUACGGGCGACCUCCUUCAAGCCGACGAGCUGCGAAAUAUUGAAAACAAUCUGUUCAACCUGAGUGAAGCGCUCAUCUACAAGCUCAAUGACACUACCUUCAGACCUAUCUUCGAGAGCUGGGUCGAGUGGUCCCGGAGCGAAUCCCCCGGGGAUGGACCCGAGAGUGAAGACACCGACAAAAUGUCAGAUCGCAAGAAUAGCGGACGAAUAGCGAGGCUAGGCAGUCUGUUCUCCCUUGCCUCGCAUUUCUUCGAAAGCCUCAAGAGCAUCGUUACAAGCUACGCAAGUUACAUUCUGCCAGAGUGUAACGAGGUUCUGAGAGCGGCGAUCGGCAACCACGACACACAGGGAGCAAGAACUCUACGCCUUCGGCCCGAGGUCGAUCAUCAAGAUCAAGAGGUCUACACUGAGGCACUGAGCCUGUUGUCGACAGUGGCGAAGCACGACGCUGACGGCUUCUUUACCUCUCCCUCGCACUUUCAACCACUCGCCACGCUCCUCAUCGGACAGUACGAGCUUCUUGCAAGCCACAAGAACACCAAGUCUCUGUCGCGAGAUUUCACGCGGAGUCCCAUCAGGGAACCUAUUCUCAAGGCAGUCGUUGCACUGGCCACGGCCGUUCAAGACGUCCCGGCCCACCACCACACCCUGAACCACCUCCUCUGCCAGCUUCGGCACCACGAGCACGCCGCCGUGCGUCUGGCCUCGAUCAAAACCCACAUCUCGCUGACAGAAUCCGAGGACCUGGGCGAGGAGUGGCUUCAGAACGUGGUGCUAGGGCAAUCAUCCAUCUCCGCGGCUGACGGUGGAGUCGCAGUCGGCGGAAGUGGAGAGACGAUGGUUUACGUGAACGAAAUGCUAGAAGACGACGAUGAGGACGUCGAAAACAGUGUGAGAGACUGGGUCAGGAUGGUGAGGGAGAGAGUUGGAGAGGAUAUCUUCGAGGUGUAA